GGAAAAGGAUGACAUCAUCCGGCAGCUGUGAUGACCCUGUGUGUGUGGUCUGUGGAGUCAAUGAGUACCAGGACCGUUACAACAAAGAUGAGAGGUGUAAACGGCAGCCGUACUGUGACCCCAAUAAAAACUUUCAGGCUCCAGAUCCUGUGAGCAGUAAAGAGAAAAGCACCUGUUUGUGUAAAGAUGGAUACCAUUGCUCCAGUAAAGAGUGCAUCACCUGCGUUCAGCACACGACCUGUCAGCCGGGUCAGGACUUGGUUUUAAAAGGGAAUCACACUCAGGACACAGUGUGUCGUCCGUGUCCUGAGAAGACAUUUUCCAGCACGAGCAACAGUAAAUGUGUGAAAUUGACUGAAUGUGCUGAAGGCUUCCGUGUGGUUCAGAGCGGGACGGACCGAUCCGAUACCGUCUGUGAAGACAACAGACGGGAUCAUGUAAUUACUGGUGUCAUGGUUGCAGUCCUUGUUGUGAGCAUUGCUGUUGGAAUUGGGUUGUAUAUGUACUCAAAAAAAUCCACAUAUCGAGUUGAAAAACCGAAUAAAAAUGUCCAGGCUGAAACUGUGGGACCAGAACCAGAUCGAGAACUCCUUCCUUAUCUCUCCGUCCCUGAGGAGAACGAUGCUAGAGAGAUGCUGUCAGAGGAGAACGGGAAAACCGACAACGGAAACUGUGUAGCUCAGGAGGACGGGAAAGCGGAGCUUCUUUCUCGUCAGGAAUCCCCGAGUCAGCCGUCAUCGUAUUUAUCCCAGAGUCAGUCGUCGUCGUCACGUUUUCAUGACAGUUUUUAGGUUAACACAAUAUUUCCUGUUAUCAUGUGUCAUAUGUGCAGAAUUCUCUCUAAGUAAACAUGUAUUUAAUUGACCCAAGCGUUGACUCAGAUGUUUCUAGAAGCUCUGCCUGUAGAAUGCAAUGAAUCCAAUGAAGAGACUGUUUGUGAGGUUUUGUACAGGGUCUUUAUUAAAUGUGAUUGUUGUAUAAUAAUGUAACAAUUGUUGUUUUAAAUGUCUGCUUUUGUUCAUAUUUCUGUUUYGAAACACAAACAGUGAGUUCAUUUGUUGCAUGGAAACUUUAAUAAACUCAUGUUUUUAUAUGA